AUGGGUUCUCUUUGUGAUAGCCUCCCCAUGGACAGUACCACCACUCGCCGCUUCCAAGAGAUGGUCGCCGGUCUCAAAAUUCGUCUGCCUCGUGUCCUGGAUCCCACUGUGAUGGCAUUGAAGGAGUUGCUUGAAGGCGAUGAGGAAUUGGGGGCCCUUUGCCAUUCCAUGUUCGCAGAGGCAAAAGAGCUAGUCGAGACGAAGAGAGCCCAUCCAGUCUACCUCGCCAUCAACAGCAUUGAGGCUCUCACGCAGAUGUUCGAUUAUAUCCUGACGCUGUCUCCCGUGUGGGAGGUCCACGACAGCCCCGACAAUCUCGGUGGCCUUCCUUUCAACCUCAUCCUCAUGGUCCUCAUGGAAACCCACAGCGGCCUUCAGCUGUUCAAGCACGUCGUUAUCAACCAGCACCUUAAACAGAUUCUCCAAACAUGGGCUCGGUUUCUGGAAUCCCGUGACUCACUCUACGUCCUCAACUCGCAGACCGGCUGGCUGUCACACCGUGCCGUAGCGAAGCUAGAAGACGUCGCCAACAAACCCACUGGAGGGAUCCGAAACUUUAUUGACAUCUAUGACUGUCCAGACCCCAACGAUCCAGAAACGCUGGGAUUCCAAUGCUGGGAUGCAUUCUUCAGCCGCAAAUUUAAGCCAGGUCUCCGACCCACCCCAAGCCACGACGCUCUCCUCGCCAACGGGGGUUCAGUAAUUUUGAACGCCUGCGAGUCAAAGCCAUGGCACAUCACCCGAUGUUGCUCGGGCCACACCGAGAUCGUCCUCAAGGGCACGCCAUACUCCAUCCGCUCCAUGCUCGGCAACGAUCCACUAGCAGCGCACUUUGAAAACGGCACCGUCUACCAAGCCUACCUGUCCGCCUUGAGCUAUCACCGGUGGCAUGCUCCCGUCUCGGGCGUCGUUCGGAAGGUCCUCUAUCUAGACGGUAGCUAUUUUUCCCAGCUACCCAUGUCUGAUAUCCUGGCUAUGGAGAAGUCCCAGAGCUACCUAGCAGCCGUCGCGGCGCGUGCGGCUAUCUUGAUCGACGCCUACGAUACGCGUGUCGGUCUGGUCGGCCUUGUAGCGGUUGGCAUGGGCGAGGUCUCAUCGUGCGAAGCGUUCGUUAAGGAGGGCGAUCAUGUACGAGCUGGUGAUGAAAUCGGAUGCUUCCACUACGGAGGAUCAACGCACUGUCUUCUGUUUCGAGAGGGUCUGGAUGUCCUGUUCGAGCCGGGAGUGCAAGACAAGACGAGGGAUCAGAACAUCCCUGUGCGAAGUCUCCUCGCUCGCUGUUACGCGUGA